GUACGGUGACGCAUGUUUGUUGGGUAUGACUGGUCCAUCAACACAAUAUUCCGAGUGGACAGAUCAUCUCAACACCGCCGGUCAGCAUAUAAAGACCGUCAACGCGCAUGUGAAUUGUCGAGAAAUUGAGUUUCCAUCUUCACGAUGCGCGUCUACUCAUCGAUAGAUCCCAGCAAAGCCCUCGCCUUUCACAACGGCCGGGUAUACACCAUCAAUCGCAACCAGCCCUGGGCGGAGGCAUUCAUUGUGUCCCCCACCGGGAUCAUCGAACAUAUUGGCAGCAACAAAGCUGUUCUGAAGAUUGCCGCCUCGCGCGGUCUAGUUCAAUAUGACCUCCGGCAGCGCUUCGUCAUGCCCGGCAUCCACGACGCCCACACCCACCUGCUUGUCGCCGGCCUCCAAGCCCUGAAUGAAGCCCGCAUCGGAUUCAACUCCACGCCCGACAACAUCACCUCUCGACUCGCCCACAGCUCCUGUGCAUGCGCCUAUGCCAACGUCACGGGCGACUGGCUGAUCGGAAACUUCUACCAAGCCAGCCACUUUCCCGACGGCAUCCCCGAUCGCAAAUACCUCGACGAGCGGUAUCCAAACAAGCCGGUUCUCAUCCGCGAAGUCUCGUGUCACCGGAUUCUGCUCAACACGGAGGGGCUGCUGCGCGCGGGGAUCGAUCCCAACGGCACCCCAGAUCCGAAAGGGGGAUAUUAUGUGCGUCGUAAGGACGGAAAACUGACAGGUGAGGUGGUUGAGAAUGCCAUGACAGCGGUCUUUGACUGCCUUCCCAUUCCUCCCCUGGCACAUAUGAAGAGGGCGAUCCAGCACGCCAUGUCGAUCUGUCAUCGAUUUGGAAUUACUUCCUGCCAGGAAGCGUCGGCCAAUACGUUAUACCUACAUGCAGUCCGGGAACUGGAGCAAGAAAAUCGCCUUGAUCUUGAUAUUCACACACACAUUGUGGCCGCGCCAGUGUACUUUGCCAUGGAGCCGCAGGACAGCCUGGCAGGGCUAUUGGACGUAGCAGAGGGAUUCCGAAGCCGGCAUGUUCAUACCCAGUUUGUCAAAUUCUGGCUGGACGGGGCUCCCCUGCCCCCCGAAUUCACGCAGGCGGAUCUGGAUGCAAAUGGCCGACCCAUUCCGACCCAUUUGGCGUUGGAUGGAGAUUUCCUCUUUGAAGCUGUCAAGAAAUACGACAGCCGUGGCAUGACGUGCAAGUUGCACGUUGCAGGGGAGGGUUCUGCGCGACAGGCGCUAGAUGUGAUUGCCAUGGUCCGGGAAAGAAACCCGGCGGGUCCACGACACGAGCUUGCCCAUUGUAAUGCGGUGCAUGCAGAUGACAUUGCACGGUUCGCUCCGUUGAGAGUGACGGCAGAAAUGUCGCCAGCCAUCUUCCAUCAUGACGUGGUGGAUGAAUACCCCGAACUCAACAAAUGGGCCUUCAACGGGGUGCUCACGACGGGCGCACUCAUGACCAUUGGGUCGGACUGGAUGCUCCCCGAGACCCCAUCAUUGUUCGACGCGCUGGCUGCGAUUGUAAAGCGGGUGCGGUAUUUACCUGGCGGAGGCUCUCGCCGUCUGGGACCGGGGGAGACGGCGUUGCAGCGAGGCGGCGAGAUUUUAUGUCGCGUCUUAACCCUCAGCGGGGCCGAGGCAGUUGGGGCGCAGCAUCGCACAGGCAGUCUCGAGGUGGGCAAGAUGGCCAAUUUUAUUCUGGUCGAUCGGGAUUUGAGCCAAGGAGAAUUCAAGGGUGCGACCGUGUUGGAGACGUGGUUUGAGGGGCGGAGAGUGUUCCAGGCGUAGUGAGAUCCGCUGUAUAUACCAAAAGGAUGGAUGUGAUGCCAUAGUGAUGAACUGGCGGAAUACGAAAUAAAGCCUGGGGUUGCUGCC